AUGUUUGGUGGAACAAAGCCCACAUUUGGCACGUCUACGACGGGUACUGGUUUUGGUGGUUUUAGCAAUACAACAACAUCUUCACCAUUCGGUCAAUCUGCGUUUGGAAAGCCAACAUCAUCGGCUUUCGGUGCUGCGCCGGCAUUUGGAACACAACAACAAACGCCUUCGCUAUUCGGUGCAAAUGCAGCUCAACCGCAACCGACAGGUCUAUUUGGCGCUGCAAGCACUACGUCGGCGUUCGGUGGUACUACGACCGCACAGCCUGCAUUUGGAGGGUUUCAGCAAACAACACAAACACCGUCAAUGUUCGGCGCUCCACAACCUGCAGCUAAUACCAGCUCUCUUUUUGGUCAAUCAACAACAUCAGCAUUCGGUUCAGCUGUUAAGCCUGGCACUUUAGGUGGCUUUGGACAAACGACUGCGCAACCAACACCUUCAUUAUUUGGUCAGCCCGCAGCAGCGACAAGUACAUCUGGAUUUGGUUCUUUUGGACAGGCUCAACCAACAACGAGUAAUGUGUUCGGAAGUGGCACUACAAUGAUGAUGGGAGCUAAUGCUGGUACGUCGAUAGCAAAGUAUCAACCUACUAUAGGUACUGACACGCUCAUGAAAGCCGGCCAACCGAACAAUGUGAACACCAAGCAACAUUGCAUUACAGCUAUGAAAGAGUAUGAAGGAAAAUCAUUGGAAGAGUUGCGUUUAGAAGAUUAUAUGGCAAAUAGAAAAGGACCUCAAGCAGGCACGUCAGGAGCAACUAGUGGUUUCUUUGGCUCGACCACGCAACCGGCAGCUUCUGGUACUGGUCUGUUUGGCGCCACAGCUCAACCCACCACAGGUCUCUUUGGUCAGCCCGCAGCGGCUACGACAGAAAACAAAGGUCUGUUUGGUGGUGGUGCUUUCGGACAAACUAAUACCACUGCGUUUGGGGCACAGGCACAGCAAAACACCUUUUUGGCAAAACCUUUCGGCGCACCCGCAACUACUGGCUUUGGCGGCGCAACAACAGAUUCGUCGAAUUUAUUUGGGGCUAAACCCGCAUUCGGACAGGCGCAACCGAGCAUGUUCGGUCAAACAUCAACCGCGACAACAGCUCCAGCGUUCGGCCAAACUACCAGUGGUUUCGGUGGAUUUGGAGGAGCACAGCCUGCGCAACAAACUUCACUCUUUGGCGCACCAGCACCGGAUGCAAAUAAACCAGCUUUCGGCUUAGGAACUUCUUCGGCAGCCACCACUGGCUUUGGCGGAUUUGGCACUGCAGCUACAAGCACAGCCGGUCCGGGCUUAUUUGGCGCCAAGCCAGCGGCAACUGGUUUCGGUGCUGCACCUGGUUUUGGUGCCACAUCUACAGCUAAUACUGGCUUUACGAAUUUCUCGCUAGGAAACGCUAGUGGAGGAUUAUUCAAUUCGACUCUUAACAAGCCAGCGACGUCUGGAUUUGGUGCAUUUGGCGCACAGACAUCGGCAGCACCUUUGAAUUUUAACACUGGUUCUACUGGAACUUCUCUAUUUGGUAAUGCGGGUGCCAAGCCAGGUGGCCUGUUCGGCACGUCACUUGGCCAAGGUACUGCCAACCAAGCAGGUGGGCUCUUUGGUAGCGGCGGCACGACUGCUUUUGGUACAGGUAGCACACUCGGUGGUGGCUUUGGUACGGGUACUUUAGGAGGCGGUAAUAUGUCACUUGGUGGUCUAGGAGGUAAUCAACAACAGCAACAACCGCCUAUACAUCAACAAAUAUUGGCGAAGGUCACUUCACCAUAUGGCGAUAAUCCCAUCUUCAAAGAUUUGAAACGUAGUGACGAAACAGAUGCGACCCGCGCCACUAAUCCAGCAGCGCAAAAGGCCAUACUCGAGACGACAAUGAAUCAGUUCAAGGUCUCCACUAGAUCCAGUCCGAGUGUUGUGCGUGUCAAACCCAUUACAAGUGCACUGACAAAGAAGUCGCUCUUCGAAGGUCUUGAAGAAUUUGAUUCUAGUGUGGAAACAUUCAGUUUAAAACCGAAUGCGAAGCGUCUAAUAAUAAAACCCAAAACAACCCAAAGCCCAAUUGUCGGUAGUUCCACCAAUACUAGUCCCAACAGACAAUCUGGUGUUGAAGACACUGCUGGUAAUAGCGCACCCCGUCAGACGGGUGGUGUUGUACAAAACUCUAUUAAUGCGCUACGUAACGAAUCAUUUUCUGGACAAAUACCACUAGAUCCACCAGCACCUCAAGUGACCAAAUCUACUGCUUAUAGUGUGGCAGCACUACCGCCACAAGUUGCACGCGAAAGUGAUAUCGGACGACGCGAGUCAUGGUUGCACCCCAAUAAUGUAGAGAAAAUGCGACAACAAAAUUUAAAUACUAGCAUAGAUGGCGCUGUGCCACUAAACAGUACUCUUUCUGAAUUAGUGCCACGGAAGCCCUUAGAUACUUAUCGCACUACGGGUGGAAGCUCGACGGGUACACCGUUAGGGCGCCCCUCGGUGUCCACGGUACAAGAGAACACAUUGGAGGAACAAACCAGCCGCGAGACAUCACGACGCGAGGCUGCAGAGCGUCAAGAUGAAAGCCUGUUCUCUAAUCGUUCGUACGGCGGCGAUGAGCGUUCUGUGAUCGAAGAAACGGCAGAAGAUUACGAAGAACACCCCACAGGCAUAACACUGCGACGCAUCGGCUACUACACAAUACCUUCAUUGGACGAUCUGAAGUCUUAUCUUGCUGAAGAUGGAUCUUGUACUGUACCCAAUUUUACUGUCGGCCGCGAAGGAUAUGGCAAUGUCUAUUUUGGCAAAGAAAUGGACGUUGCUGGCUUGAACCUGGAUGAAAUAGUACAUUUCCGCAAUAAGGAAAUAAUCAUAUACCCGGAUGAUGACAAUAAGCCACCAAUUGGGAGUGGUUUAAAUCGUGAGGCGCAAGUAACAUUGGACCAAGUUUGGCCGCAUGACAAAACUAUGCACGAGCCGAUCAAGGAUCCUGUACGUCUUGCUGAUAUGGAUUGGGAAGGCAAACUGCGUAGGGUGUGCGACAGAAAUGAUACACGAUUCAUUGAGUAUCGUCCGGAGACGGGCAGUUGGGUAUUCCGCGUGAAGCAUUUCUCUAAGUACGGACUUAACGAUAGUGAUGAAGAAGACGACGGAGUGCCGACUGAUCCGAAAAAAGCAAAAAUGGUAGCUGCCGGUACACCCAGUGCUAAAACUGCGGCAGCUGGUCAAGCCGCGCAAGGAAAAACUGCCACAGUCGACAAAAUAACCAUGGCCGCUUUGAAGAAUGCCCAAAAGAUCUCUGAAGAUGCCGCGCGUGCAUUGGAUCCAAAAAGUAUUGCUGCCAACACUGGAAGCUAUUUUCCCAUGGAUGAAUCUGCCGAAUUUAUGCUGAUGGAUAAGACACAAUUUCUACAAGCAAAUGGUAAUGACUAUGCUCUUUACGAGGCCCAACAGCAGCAAGUGCCACGUGUAACUAGUCCAACCGCUUUUUUAGCACGUGAAGCGGGUACUGAUGCCCACAAACUGCAGCUGAUGAAGGCAUCAUUUUUUGGUGAUGACGAUUUGGACAAUAAAUCUGUGGAUGUUGAUACUGAGCAAGAAAAUAACUACGACUAUAAUCGCAACCAUAACCGUCGUGGCGGUUUGUUCGCCAAGCAUAUACACGAUGGGCGUGGUUCGCAGCAAACGCUAUGGAAGGAAGCUGCUAUGGGUGGCGGCGCACUUUCGGAGGCGUCCAGUCAGCUGGAUUUCGUCAUGCAAGAUUCACCUUUGCCACCGUCGUCUUCCGUCUCCGUCUUGAGCAUUUUGCGGGAAGUAGAUACAGAGGGUUCAACUCCUGCGCCAGAUAGUGAAACAGCACAGCCAUUACAAUUGCAGAAGCUGCCGCCGUUCACUGUUAAACCCAAAGUGGCCAGUGUGAAAGUGAUCGCACAUCAAGUGCCCAUGGCAGAGUCAUUGGCUUUCAAAUUGAACGGAAAAUGGGUAGCCGAUUUGGGUUUACAUAACUUUCGGCGUUUCAAGCCUGGUUUCGGGCCACAGAACACACUGAUCGUGCCCUCUACACGCCAGAAUCUGGAUCAUGAAGUACAAAAUAAACACCUUUACGAUGUAUCUUCCUACCUAUUUAAAGGUCGUGGUUCGAAGGAUUUCAGCAAAACUAUUUUGCAACACAUUAAAAUAUCUUCUGUAAUGCAUUAUGAGCACUUCAAGGAGAGCAUUGUUAAACAUUUGGAGUUGCAAUUGCGCAAUUCACUACAAGAAGACGUUGAGGGUAGUGAAUGCCCAUGGAUAAAGUCGAACAACGGCACCGAUUUGAUAGUGAAACAUUUGGAUGAAGCUAUCAAACAAAUUAAUUUGGGUCCUCUCGAAGAGUAUGCCGUCUCAGUUUGGUCACUUUGCCUCGCGCUGUGGGGUGAACAUGAAGAGCUUGACGGUCGUGAACCUACAUCGCACUUCGCUGUCAUGUGCCGCCGCAAUUUACUUUCCGAGUGGCUGGAGAACACGUUAACCGAUAAAGAUUUGCUAACAAAGAAUGUCUCCAAGCACACCUAUUUGGAUCAUUUGUUGGAGUUGGUGAUGUGUCAUAAGGUGACCGAAGCGUGUGAGUUGGCUGUGCGAUAUGACGAUGUUAACCUGGCCUUAUUACUCUCCCAACUUUCAUCGGGUCCGACUGUGCGUCAGCUAAUGGAAGAUCAAUUAGCCGCUUGGCAUAAAGAUGAGGCCGACAAGUUUAUACAGCUGGAGCGCUUGAAGUUGUACAUGCUUGUUGCGGGUGUAGCACUAAUGGAUUCGGGUCACGGACCCAUCAACACUUUGGACGGCAUCGAAUGGACCAAGGUUUUGGCGAUCCAAUUAUGGUACAUUUCAUCUCCCACUGCGUCCAUUACCGACGCGCUUUUGGCCUAUGAAAAAUCAUUUAAAUCAAAAGAGUUUUAUUCAUUGCCACCGACACCCUGUUAUAUGGACAACACUAAUUUCAAUGAAAAGUACACACUUUACGACUUACGUUACCACCUGCUGCAGCUAUUUUCCAAACGCAGUCAUCCAAUGGAGAGUUUGUUGAAUCCGGCAACACAUACUGCUGACCCAAUGGACUAUCGCUUGAGCUGGCUGCUGCUGCAAACUCUCGAGGCAAUCGGUUAUCGCCACUGCUCCGUGUUGAGUGAGAGUCAACUGCAUGUUGGCUUCGCCAGUCAAUUAGAAAACUACGAUCUUUGGGAAUGGGCCAUUUUCGUGUUGUUACAUAUAAAAGAUCGCAAUCAACGUGAAUUGUCUGUACAAAAUGCCCUUUACCGUUAUGUGAGUGUUUCCAAAGAUGUUGCGCUAUCGGAAAAGGAGAAAUUCGUUAUAAACAAUUUGGGUGUGCCAGAAAAAUGGAUUGAUUAUGCAAAGGCAGUGAAAGCAGGCGCUAUUGGAAACCAUCACCUGCAAGCGAAGUAUUUGCUCAAGGCGAAACAAUGGCCAUUAGCCCAUGAAGUCAUAUUCCAGCAUAUUGCCCCAGAUGCAAUCAUUAACGACAACCUUGACUAUUUGCACAGCUUGUUAUGCCAGUUCGAGGGCGCAGAGUCCAACAAGACUAUAAAGGUACCAAAUUGGUCUAAUCAGGGACAAAUCUUUUUAGAUUUUAUAGACAUCAACGAAAAGUUUAAAGGUCUCAAAACUCUCAAGACCGAAGCAGACAUAGAGGCGCGUUGGGAGAAUUUGAAACCACAAUUGGCUGAUUUAUGCUCACGUAUCAAUCUAUUACCCUGUCCCACGGCCAAGCAUCGUCUGUGUCAAAGUGAAAUUGCACAAAAUUUGGCUUGUCUUGUGCGCGGUGUGCUGCUCGUCUGUCCGGUGCUCAAUCCAUGUCUGAUUAUAAAAAUUGCCUUGGAACGCCUGCCUUUGCCUCAGGAAUUCGCACAACAAGAGCUGCGGGCGUUGCUCGACACCCUGGUCGAUGAUUUGGCUAAAGUGAGUGCAAGCGAGAACAAUGAAUUGAUUAUGGUGAAAUGACAUUGAAAACGCGCUCUGAAGACGAGACGAGAAAAAGGAAGCAGUAAAGUUAUGUUUAGUUUUAGUUCUACAAAAUAUUGCGAAACCUAAAAUAUUCAAUUUGAAAUACGUAGCUACAUAGGUAAUGGUAAUUUUGGAGUAUAUUAAUGUGAAGCCUGGGUGUAGUGGUAGGAGUAGCAUCUUCUGAUACUCUCACAAGAUCUAAUAGCUACUACCAAAGUUGAACAUUAAUAAAUAUCCGCAUUAACUAUUCCGUUCUGUAUAAAGUGAAGAAAGUGUGUGGCUCAUCGCCCCUACUUCUGCCUCUUCGCCAACGUAAGCGUUUAAUUAAUGUAAGAAUUUAAUUCAUUUAUUUAAUUUUUGUAAUACAAAAUGACCAAUUCCACGAACAGUUGUUAUAGUCCACCUCAAUUCGUACAAUUUUGUUUAGCUUUUGAGUAUAGUUUAAUGUAAAAUAAAGAAACAAACAAAAAUUAA